AUGGUGACUACUACAAUUGAGUCCUAUGGAGAUGACCCUCUUCAGUACGUCAAGACUUUCCACUAUGACAGCGACAACCAUCACAGAAACAUAGUGUUCAUUCACGGGGGAGCAUGGAGAGACCGGCGCAACACCGUUGAUGAUUUCGAACUGAUGAUCAAGUACAUCCACUCCAAUACACGACAGUUCAAUCUCUUUAGCAUCAGCUACCGGUUAUCCCCUGAGAUCAAACAUCCAUAUCAUCUUGUUGAUGUUAUAGAGGCGUUGAAAUGGUUGAAUUCUCAUUAUGGGGUGUUAACUACUACCUUAGUGGGCCAUUCAGUGGGUGCGACUCUCUGUCUUCAGUUACUUAACUACAAAACGUUAUUGGCUGAAGAGGAUAUCGUUGUCGACACUGAAAAGCUUGAUAUAAAGCUCAGUAAGAUUUUCCUUCUUGAUGGGAUCUUUGACUUGGUUAAACUUGUUGAAGAAUACGGUGCACCAUAUCAAGAGUUCAUUGAUGAGGCAUUUGAAAGUGAACAACAGUACAAAAGAGCCUUACAAUUAUCUAAUGACAAGUUUAAUGUCGUGGGGUAUUCUAGAGACUUUGAAUCCAGGUUAUACAUUGUUUAUUCUCUUGAUGAUGAAUUACUUUCUCCUAGACAGCAUGAAUUAUUAGUUGAUCAUUAUUUGAAAAAGUUUGGUGUAAGGGUGUCGGUUAUUAGUGGUCAUUGGGGGUUACAUGAACAAAUGUAUAAAGACGAUAGAGUUUCCCAACUUAUACUUGAUUCAGUAGAUACAUAA